UAGUCUCAUUUUCUUGCACAAAUAUGUCAGGGAUUUGCAGUUCUUUCUCUCCAUCAGAAGAAGAAAUAGGUGCUGCAGAUUUACAAGAUACAAAUACAAAUCAAAGGAAGCCUGCAGGAUGGAAAGCAAUGCCUUUCGUCUUAGGAAAUGAAACGUUUGAGAGAUUGGCAUCAUUCGGGUUGAUGGCAAACUUUAUGGUGUAUUUGCAGAGUGAGUAUCACAUGAACCAGGUUAAGGCUGCAACACUCCUUAACACCUGGUCUGCUGCUUCCAAUUUUGCUCCGGUUAUUGGUGCCUAUGUCUCGGAUGCAUUCAUCGGCAAAUUCUGGACCAUUGCUUUCGGUUCAUUUUCAUCUCUCCUGGGAAUGAUAAUCAUGACUUUAACAGCUUUGUUACCACAGCUGCGUCCUCCGCCAUGCACCCAUGAAGGACAACUACAUGGGCAAUGCGUAGGCCACAAUAAAGCUCAACUUGGCAUUUUGAUUGCUAGCUUGUGUUGGUUGUCCAUUGGCACUGGUGGAAUCAAGCCCUGUAGCAUUCCCUUCAGUGUUGAUCAAUUUGAUUUAACAACCGAAGAAGGCAGAAAAGGAAACAACAGUUUCUACAAUUUGUACUACACUACUCAAACAAUUGUUCUGUUGAUUACUCAGACUGUUGUGGUUUAUAUCCAAAAUGAUAUUAGCUGGGCCUUAGGCUUUGGGAUUCCAGCCCUCUGCAUGCUCUUCGCUAUUGUUUUGUUCUUUGUUGGAACAAAAGUUUACAUAUACAUAAAGCCGGAAGGAAGCGUCUUUGCUGCUGUAGCACAAGUGUUUGUUGCCGCUUACAAAAAACGACAGCUUAAUCUUCCAGCUGAUGAAGUAGAUGGGCAAUUCUAUAAUCCUCCAUUCAGCAGAAGCUUGCUUCCAGAACUCCAUCUCACCAGACAGUACAGUUGCUUAAAUAAAGCGGCUUUAAUCGUGGGUGAUGAAGUGAAGCAAGAUGGUUUAUGUGAGAAUCCAUGGAGGCUUUGUAGUGGUCAACAAGUUGAAAAUGUUAAAUGCCUAAUAAACAUUAUCCCCAUUUGGCUUACCAGUGUCCUUGGUUUCCUAGCCAUGAAUCAACAAGGAACUUUCACGGUAGCACAAGCCCUUAAGAUGGACUUGCAGUUUGGUCCCAGCAUAAAGAUCCCUGCCGGUUCAGUUGGCGUCAUUACGCUGAUUGCAAUCGCAAUAUGGCUACCAUUUUACGAUAGAGUCGUAGUAGCAGCGCUCGAGAAAGUCACAAAGCAAGAAGGUGGAAUCACACUUCUCCAAAGAAUAGGAAUUGGAAACCUUUUCUCAAUCCUAACAAUGUUAGUUUCAGGGUUCAUUGAAACAGAAAGAAGACUGUCAGCCCUUUCGCAUGGCGGCACUGAUGGAAUUGCUCCAAUGACAGUCAUGUGGUUAACGCCUCAGCUAAUCCUGAUUGGAUUCUCCGAGAUCUUCAGUAUCGUUGGACUUAUCGAAUUUUACAACAAGCAGUUCCCGGAGCAUAUGAGAAGCAUCGGAAAUUCUCUAAUCUAUCUCACCUUUUCUUUCGCAAGCUAUGCGAGCAGCAUUGUUAUCAGUGUUGUGCAUGAUGUGAGUGCAAGGCAUGGCUCCAAUUGGUUGUCUGACGACAUCAACACUAGCAAAUUGGACUAUUUCUACUUCCUAAUAGCAGGGAUAUCUUCUCUGAAUUUCCUCUUCUUUCUCUUCUGCGCUCGAAGGUAUCACUAUAGGAGUAGUGUAAAAUUAAUGUAGGCUAGUGUUUGGCCAUGAUCAAAGUAUUUGCUUCCCUCACAAUUUACAUAAACAAACUUAUGUGCAAUGGACGGAUAUAUAUAAUUGAUAAAUUUUAUGUAUAA